GAAAGAGGACUUCCCAGCAUGGGGCAGAGGGAGGGGGUGAGCACCCUGAUGGAAGGGACCGAAAUGUCCUUCAUAUAAACGGGCGACGAAGUGGCGAGCCCCCGGGCGACAGAGAGGGGGAGGGAGGGAGAGAGAGAGAGAGAGAGAGAGAGAGACCGAGACCGAGAGAUAGAUAUAGAGAGCAUCGCCCGCGGCCGCUGGAUCCACGGGCACACCACGAACACAGAGAGGAAACACGCACCGACUCUUGGAGCAUCGAGCAGAGGAAACCGAGCAUCCUUCACCCAGUGACAGACCUGUUUGUGGCUGUAGAGAUGGGUGUCACCUGUCGCCCUCUGCUAUUGGUUUGCGUAUAUUUGGCAGCUGUGCUAAUUGGUGGAACCUGCUCAGAGGGGGUGUGUCUUCAAGAUGGCACACACAAGGCCACACCCGGCCCAGAGCCGCACCUGAGAGAGUGUGCGCUCUACUCUGACAACAGCUGCUGCACGGAAGAAGACAUCCAGGACAUCUCUCAUGUUCCCUCUGCUAGCAGUGAGAAUGAAACAUGGGACACAUGUGGGGCUCUGAGCUCUGAGUGUGAAGGCUUCCUGAAGCGCAUUUUGUGUUUUUACCGCUGCUCCCCCGAUGCUGCUCGCUGGCCUCAUCCCCGGCGCCGCUCAUACUUCCAGGCUGUGCCACUCUGCCACAGCUUCUGCCGUGAAUGGUUUGAUGCUUGCAGGAUGGAUGUGACAUGUGCUCGUAACUGGGCCAGAGACCCUAGGGGCGAAAACUGCACUGGGACCUGUGUUCAGUAUCAGCAGAUGUACCAGCAUGGCAGGGAUCUGUGCGAGGGCCUGUGGGGUGAUGCUUUCAUGACUGUGGAGGAUGAGCCAGGAGAUGUGGGAGAGGCUGGAGAGGUCAGAGCGGAGGGUGACAGCCGUCGUCCCUGUGGCUGCCUGACCCUCAGCCCCUCGGACAAGGAUGUGAUUGCUGCCCUCAAGGCCCAGCAGGACAACCCGGAGGAGCUGGACACCACCAAGACCGGUCUGCCUCAGUACCGGGCCCCUUGCCAGACCAAGCUGCAGGCCCGGAGCGGCAGGAAGGGGAACUCUGUGCUGCGUAAACGCUCAGUCACGAUGUACAACACAGAGGGGAGUGGGAGUGACUGGUAGAGAGGAGCAACAGGUGGUAACACAUUGUGAGUUAACUGUCUAGAUCCUAAUAUACAAAGUCUCUCUCGUGAUCGUGCUCCUCUGACUAACCUCCCCACACAGACCUAAACUCUCAUCAUUAUCAGCACAUGUCAGAUCUAAUCUAUGUGGCUGUAAACAGUUAGAUACAUAAACGCUUCAUCAGUUAUUGGACUGAAUAACAGCCACGACUUUAAAUGCUAGUGAAAGUGCCACAGCAGUAUAUUCUAAAAGCAUUUAAAUCCUCGUUGUGCAAGGGCUCUGACUUCAGUAAGAAGACUACAUUUCCUAAUAGCAUCACAUAACAGUUGCACCUAUUUUUACUGCCAGCUAACAAGGUGAUAGCUUUUUCUUUUUUUACUAGGUCAGGUAUUUUAUGUGCUUUGUCUGGCUCAGUAAUAGACAUAAGGUGUGUGAAGACUUUCACUUACCGUAGGAAACCCCCAGAGAUUUAACAGUUGUGCACGAAUCUGACACAUCAUCAUUAACCAGAGGACACAGUGUUCUUGCACCACCACCCCGCUACUCUUGUCAAUCACCUAGGUGGCUGUAAUCCAUGCAUUAGUCAGUUGCUGUGAUGCCGUACUGUGCUGUCUACAUGCCAUGUGGUAUAUAAUACCGUAUCAAGUCCUGCAGAAAUAAUAAUGAAUGUAAAAUAGACAACUGGCCUGAAUGCACGGGAUCUGGUAUGAUAAUGACAGUGGAGAGGCAGCCUAAUACCUGAGUGAAGGUUUGAUAUGCAGAAACCAAAUCUGCUUACCUAAGUAAAUCUGCAGAGGCAGCAUUCCAGCUUGCUCUGGUAGUUUGCAUGUCACCAGUGUGCUGAGGAUGUUAUUAAUGACGUCAUGUAUUUCUACUGGAGACAGCAUUAGAUGUAAAAAGAGGAACCUGGUUUGUUUGACUGAUGGUGAGCUGGCUGAACUGGGUGUUCCUGUGCUUUUCUUUACCUUCUCAAUAAAGACAUUGUUUCUACAUGUCA